CAGGAACUCCUGUCAGCUGAACGGCAGCACCUCUCGCUCCCCCGGCACCAUCCACAGGAGUCCGGCGCUGCUGCUGCUGCUGCUGCUUUCGGGGGGCCAGUUCGGGGAGGAAGGGGGGGGGAGAAGAAAGGGCUGAAAGAUGUCUAACUCUAAAAAGAAAAUGGGGUUUAGCAUUGUCACCCCUUGAGAAUCCAGAUCCUGCUCCAAUGCUGGGAGACGCCCAGCUGCAGCCAGCAGCACCUCAGCUCCUGUGAUCCCAAAUCUUUUGCCUUCCAAAUCCACGUCUCAAGUCUGAUCACUUUAUUCUGCCUGCUAGUACCACAAAUGGCUACUCAGAGAAAGCACUCUGUGAAAGAUUUCAACCCAUAUAUCACCUGCUGCAUCUGUAAAGGGUAUUUGAUCAAGCCAACUACCGUCACCGAGUGCCUCCAUACUUUCUGCAAGAGUUGUAUUGUGCAACACUUUGAAGACAGCAAUGAUUGCCCAAGAUGUGGCAAUCAAGUACAUGAGACCAAUCCAUUAGAAAUGUUACGGCUGGAUAAUACUUUAGAAGAAAUUAUAUUUAAGCUGGUUCCAGGACUUCGGGAGGAAGAAUUGCAUCGUGAAGCUGAAUUCUGGAAGAAAAACAAACCUAUAGAAAAUGGAAGAGAAGAAAAUGCAAAUUCUGAAAAUCCUAAAGAUGGUGAAAAUGGAGAUGAAAACCAAGAAGACAAAGAUUAUCAUAGAAGUGACCCACAGAUUGCUAUUUGUCUGGAUUGUUUACGUAACAAUGGGCAGUCUGGUGAUAAUGUAGUAAAAGGGUUGAUGAAGAAAUUCAUCCGGUGUUCUACACGAGUAACUGUAGGAACCAUCAAGAAAUUUCUAAGUUUAAAAUUAAAGCUUCCAAGUUCUUAUGAGCUGGAUGUACUAUGCAAUGGGGAAAUCAUGGGGAAGGAUCAUACUAUGGAAUUCAUCUACAUGACAAGAUGGAGACUACGAGGCGAAAAUUUUCGGUGUCAGAACUGCUCCUCAUCACAAGUCUGCUCACAGGAUGGCUCUUUUUAUCAGUCUUAUCCCAUGGUACUCCAGUAUCGACCCAGAAUUGACUUCAGUUAAACCAAAGGGCCAGAUUCUACUGAGAUUAAACCUGCACUAUGUUGUUUACCCAUCGACAGAUUGCACAAUGAAUGGAUGUGCCUGGAUUGGGGGGGAGGGGGGGAAACCACUCGAAUUUCAACCUGCGAAUAUGGACUUCUCUUCAGCUGAUCAAUUACUUUGUCCCUGCUGUUAGAGUAAACCAAGUGCCAUUCUGCAACUGAAACAUUCAUGAUAUAUUUGUGGCAUCAAAAGACUGUAAAUUAUAGCCAAAUCAUUAAAUGUAUAGUCAAGAAUCAAUCUCUUGAAUAUUUGCUUUGCCUGAUAGAAAACUUAAAUGGUUCCAUAACACCGAUUACAUUAGAAAAAAUAGCUGUCCUCUAUUUCUCUUGUGGUAUUAUUGUUUUUUUCCCCCACAUGUACUGUUUUACUGAAGAAAAAGUUGUUUAAAAGUACUGUAUAAAAGGUUAAAAACUAUACCUUUAAAUAUUUUGUAUAUAAUAGAUGUUUCAGAAAAGUGGUUAUUUUACCACUACUUUUACUCGUUCAGCUUCUCAUAGAAUCUGAUGUAGUUCACUCAUUAAUAUGCAGUGAUCAUUUAGCAGUAUCUGAACAGUCAGAUUUUGUAUCAAAGAAGUUGAAAACAUCCAGACUGAAUUGAACUUGACUGGUACAAUAUCAAAUGAUCUCCUUUCAAUGAUACACAAAACUUAUUUAAAGUUUUGAUUUGGAGUAAUAGCACAUUGGUACAUGUGCAGCAGGUAAAAUAAGAGUUUUUAAAAGAAGAGAUAUUUUAAAUUAUAUUGUAAUUUAACUAAAAAGAAAAACUAUUGUGAAAACUUUAUUCUCAAAGUGUUGGUUAUAUUUUUAAUUGUUGCUUUCCCUUUGAAAUUUGGUAAUAAUACUAGAAAGUUGUGGGUUGAAAUUGGUGGUCUUAAAUGUGUUGGAUUACAGCCACUGGAAUGGCAUCUGCUUCUGUAUUCUUUAAACAUAUUCAGUAAUAUGCAUCAGUACAUUAUAAAAUGAGCCAGUUUAAUUGCAUCACAGGCACGGUCUAGGUUUACCAGGAAUCUUACUGUUGUUAUGAAAUGGGUUGUCAAGUGUGAAACUCAAGUAAAUUUGAAUGGUUACAAAGCUAUCUGACCAAAACUACUGGCUGUUCAGGGUGUUUGGGUUUGUUUUUUUUCAUAACAGUAGUGUUCAAAAAUAUUAAUGGUUGCCUUAGGUAUUAUAUGUGAAUUCUUUCUUGUUCAAUAAUGUUGUGCUAUGGAUAUUACUACAGAAAUCACAAUGUAUUGUAUACUGUUUUUUCUCGUCUUCCAUUACUUUUUUGCAGUUAAAAACAAAGGUAACAGUCAAAUUUAACGAUUUGUACAAUUUUUAAUAAACAACAUUCUUUAUAUAGUAAAUUACAUACCAUAAGACAAGUAAUUCACUCUAGAAAACUACUGAGUUUUGGAAACUAAGCUCGAAUACUGUAUGCCUUCCUUGUAAUACAGGGGUCUUGUAAGUAAGAAUAUGUAAAGUAGAUCAUUAUUUCUAGAGGAAAAACGUGCUAUUUGCACCAGGUCAAAUCCCACGCUAAUAGACUUGGUUCUAAGGUUCUAGUCCAGAGUAAUCAGCUGUAGAUUACAAUAUUGUACAAUUCUUGUUAUGCUUGGGGCCAGCACUUUCUGACGAAUGUAUUCUCAGUUAAAUGUUAAAUCAUCUGUUAACUGUUCUUAGCUCAUUGAAAAAGUAUCAUUUGUACAUGCUUCUUUUGUUAGAUGCAAUAGGUUGGAUCCAAAUGCCAGUUUCAGCUCUUGUCUAGGGGAGUUUUCUUUUCUUUUCUUUUUUGCCUAGUUAAAUGUGCCCCUUGGCAUAUCAAAAAAAUAUUUUUGCCGUUCCCUUCUAUUUUCAAAGCAGCUGAUACGUUGCUUUUGAAACUACUUUUACAUAUACAAAACUUUGGGCCCAUGAAACUCAUUCUGUGAAUUUUAGUCAGAAUUUUGUAUAUUCUGAUUGGGUUUACCCAUUGUGCGUUGUCAUCACAAAGUUUGUUUGGUUUUGGCUUAGCUUACGCUGUGAACCCAUGUGGGGUUGUAAACUAUGAUUGAUGACUUUGAAGACACAUUAACCCAGCCAGUUUUGAUUUAUCCAAUGAAUCAAUCAUGCCAUAAUACCGAAGAAGUCGGAUCUAGUUGGGGACCUGAUUACAUAAAGUUGUACAUAAAGCUCUUUCAGUCUUCAGUUUAACUUGUAUAUAAUGACAACAGAUUUCUUAAUGCAUUCAGUGUCUUAAGAGUGGCUUUGAAUAUUCCCUUCAAGCAAGGGGGUAAAAGAUAUAUAUGUGAUUUGUGGGUUUUGUUCCAUAAUUCUGGAUAACACCCAAAGCUGCAAUUCCCAUAUUCCUGGAAUAAAUGACUAUGAACCUAGAAAUAUGUAUGGCUCCCCAUGGAGAGAAUACAUAGGGCAUUACUUUCUACUUUAUCCCAAACCCUAGGAAAUGGAUGCAUAGUUCAAAUUUUCAGGGCUUUUGGGUGAAUCUAAAUUUACCUCCUCCUAAGACAUCUUAUCAAUACAGAUCAGUCCUACAUAAUGCCUUUAUCACUUCUUUCUAAUAUUUUUUGCAAUUAAUUGAAAGAUCUUCCACUACUGUUGAGCUAACAUGGCUAAUUCAUCAGCAAUGAGACUUAUCUGUCCCAAUACUAAUAGGAAGCAUCUAGUGUUUUUCUCAUGUCAGCACUCUUUCAGGCUGAGCAUUGUUAAAAUUAAACAUCCAUGCAACUGUAAAAGCAUUCUUGAUUUUACAAUUAAGUAUGUGCACAAUUUCUGUUUCAGGUUUUCCUCUGAGGAAUGAGUAAUUAUUGCUUUAUCUUGUCUCAUUAGAAGAAAUGUAUUAUUCCGUAGGUUAAUUCCAACUGGUCUGUGUUACAUUUCCAAUCUCCUAUUUCUUAUUAUAUUGUAGUGGACUGAAGUAUUUUGUCCAAAAUACUUUCCAAAAUAUUUUCUGCUGUAAUAUUUUGCCAAAAUAUUUUCUGCUGUACCUAGCAGGGAUUUUGCCUUUUGCUAUACAAAAGGACCAUAUGAAAACAAAUGUUUUGGGCUCUGAGAAAAAAAACAACCUUUCAACAACAAUUCAAUGAAUUUCCAGAUUUCAGAACUAGCUUAUUUCAUUUUUGUAAUAUGAUUUAACCGUGAUUAGUAAGAGAUUUUCCAAUUGAGUUGGGGGGGGGGGGAAGCAUAAAAGUCCAAGAUAUGACUUCUCAGCUGUGAAAGUAAAAGCCUUAAAAUAUUUCUUGCACAUCUAACCUCCUUGUGGCCUACAAAUUUGCAUUUCUGAUACAGGUGCAUUGUACCUCUACACUGUAGAUGCUUAUUGUCAAAAUUCACAACAUGUUAAUAUAGUGUUAGAGAAUCUGAGCAUUUCCUUGUAAAACAUGAAGAGAGGCUUUUAUAUAGCCACUGAACCAAAAAUCCUUUUACUCUACAAUAAUUUUCCACAAGCGACACAAAGGAAAUGGAAUUAUCCAUUAAAAGCAAUAAAAAAAAAAUUAGUUGGGGAGUAGGUUCCCUUUUCAUCAGUAUCCUAUUCACUUUAGAUGCUUAUGAAUGUGGCACCAUGUGCUCAGGCUUAUUUCAAAAUACGUCCUUUUCUCUGAACAAGAGGAAACUGCAGGAGGGUCUACAGCAGGGGUGUCAAACUUGUGGCCCACCGGCUGGAUGCAUCAUGCGCUGAUCACGCCAACGCCCGGUUUAGCAAAGGGGGGGAAAGUCGUGAUAUGUCACGUGAUGCCGCCAUGAUGACGCGAGUUUGACACCCCUGGUCUACAGGGUUUCCAUGACUUGUGUGCCAUGAUGACAUGAUCAUGAGGUGACUUUACCUACUUGCAUCAUAUGCCAUGAGGCCAUUGAUAUAAGUUGUAUGACCACAACAUUUGUCCAGUGAUGUUUAGCUGUUGCUGUGACUCAUAUACACAGUACAUUGCUGCUAGGAAGUACCACAGUUCAGGGGAGAAGCUAAAUCUUUUUAAGUAGAAAAGUCUUGAAAUAAAUGGCAUCUUCAGUUAAAAAAAUGAAUUCUAUUUAGAAGUAUAGAUAAUUCCCCUACAUUAUGUGGAGAUAGUACUGAGUUGAUAGAAAGCACUACUGUAAAACAUUUUAAUAUACUGUAUUUUGAAAGAGAAUGUGCUUGCUAUAUUGAAGCAAAUGUCUUUAUUUAAAUGUUACGGUUUAGAUUUAUCUGUCUGCACAAACACAAAGGUAAUACUUUUUUUUUGUUUGUUGCUUUUGUUAAUGAAAUUUUAGCUAGCUAGCUGUAAUACACUUUCCAGUUACCUUUAUGACAAGUGACCUGCCAUUUUUAAUGGAAGCUCAUCUCAAAUUCUUACAUGGUGCAAUUAUGUUAAAUAAACUAUGGAAAUCUAUAGAGUAUUAAAAUAUUCAGUUCUCCAAGAGAGAAAGCUGAUGCUUGCCAUUAUUUACAUGGAAAGUAUGAUGAGUGCCGUGUAGGAAGAAAAAUAUUCUGAUUAUUUUUGAGUUACUAAAACAAAAUAGAUUGAAUAUGCAGGGGGGUCCAUUGAUUUUGUAUGUGUGAUAAGAAGAUUGUAAUAAUAGAAAAGAAAAAUUUGCAAAAUGUCUAACAUUUUUUAAAAAAAUUACCAAAAGUUACUUGCUUCAAAAAUAUUUUCCUUCCUUCCUUCCUUCCUUCCUUCCUUCCUUCCUUCCUUCCUUCCUUCCUUCUUGUUCUUGUUCUUUCCCGUUCUUUCUCUCUUACUCUCUCUCUGUCUUUCUCACUUUCUUUCUCUUUCUUUCUUUCACAUUUUUACUUCCUGAAUUGUUGGGUUGAAAUUUAAGUUUCCUUAGAAUUGAUCUUGCUAAUCUUUUUUUUAAGCCUAAUUUUAUAGAAAUAACUUAUAUUUUUAUUAAAAUAUUUAUAUGAAUUGAAAGUAAAUGCUCUGUUAGAAUCUUCCUAAACUGCAAAACAUGCUAGUUGUAAAUACUGGAGUUACAACCCAUAAUAUCAUGAAAACACUAGAUUUCAGAAGGUUGAUUAUUAAUUACCCUCUGGUUCUCAGUGAUGUUUUCUAGCUUGGAGGAGGCAGGUGCAGAGAAGCCAUUUUCAAAGUAAUUCUGAGUAACACUGUCCCUGCCCCCCGCCUGCCCAGGAUUCAGGAAGUACAAAUUUCAGAUUUCUGUUUUUAUUGUUGUUGGCUGUAAUUUAUUUAGCCAAAAAUCCAAUACGCUCUUACUCUACAAAGCACAAAAAUGAACAAAUUGGUAGCCUUUUUAAAUAAUUAUGGUUUCACAAUAACCUAUUUAACACAAGUGAUAAAAUAUUAGCAUUUGCUUUACAAAUUUUUACUAUAUUUUACAUUAAAACUGAUUUCAUUAACACCUGUCCUAUUUACAGGUAAAACAAUGUUGGGUAUUAAUUUUCCCCCAAAAUAAUUUAAUGGAAAACCUUAAAGGACGCUGUUUUUUAAAAUAUUUUCUUCUAAAAGUAUCUAAAAAGUAUACUUUGCUAGAAUUGAGAACUAUAAAAUAUCAAUAGGCCUUUUCAUUUUUAACAAUCAGCCAAAAUGAAGAAAUGAUGCUAUUCUUUAAAAAAAACAUAUUCCAGAUAACUUCUGGAAAAUAAAAUUGGAAAUAAAACAUGCAUAACUUCGUGGGGCUAAAAAACAUACCUAAGACUGUCUUUUUAAGUUCCAAAAAAUGACAAAAAACAUGUAGUAAUUCUCUUUGUACUUCUUUCUGAUUAUCACUAUAAAAACUCUUGCAAUAUAUAGACAAUGUACAAUAUUCCAUUGCUAUAUCUUUUUUUUAAAGUUGGAAAUAUUUUUCAGAGGGUUUUUUUGGUCAAAAUUAGUAAUACCUUAAGAAAUCUUUUUGUGGUUGUAAAGGUUAGAUUAUGAAUAUUCAAAUUGAAGUGAAAAGGGGUCAUUAUUAAUGACUUGGUGUCUCCUACUUGUUAAAAUAUGUAUUUUUGUAAAAGAAAUGCACUUGUAAAUAUUCAAUCAACCUAUGUUUUGUUUUGGAAAAAAAAUGUUGCUGCUUAGGGAAUUACCUAGAAACGGUAUUGCUUUGUAUUCAUGACAAAUUCAUUCUGUUCCUGUUUAAAUAGUUACAGCAGAGCUAGAUGCAUUUUAUAUAUGGACUUAACCCAAAUAUGUCUUGAGCAUGCCACAAAAGUUUCUCAUUAAAUUCACCUGAAGGCAGAA